CUUAAACAUGAACCAUGAACUCUCUUCCAGGAAACUUAAGACUUCAAGUGGCAGCCACGGUCUCCUCAGUGUGUUGUGUUGUCUGAGUGCGUGCUGAGGUCAAAAUCGACUGCUGUCAAACACUGGAAGCAUUAAAAUGACUCUGUGUUUUAUGGAGUUUGGAUCAUGAGCCAGCAGAAGGGAUUCCCCCAAAUUAUUUCCGCUUAUCCCCGGCACAGAAUGACUUGCUGUGAUUGACGAUCGCACCAUGGAGAUCCGAGAGAGGUUUUCUUCGUGUUGGCAGAGUUUUUUGGGAUGUUUUAAAAAGCCGGACGACUCUGGAGGUGAGACCAGGCGUGGGGUGAAAGCUGACACUGUUAUUACGAAUCCCGUUGCCCUCAGAAAGUCAGAGCCGGACUUUAAUCCAAACAGAGCUUUACCGCGGCCCCCAGCGGAGAAACCAGGGGUCUAUUACGUCGCCAAGUAUGACUACUCCGCUCGGACUGAGGAGGACCUGAGCUUUAACAGUGGGGAUACUUUAGAGGCUCUGGAUAAAAGUAGUGGUGAAUGGUGGUUUGCGAAAGCCCUCACCGGGGUCUCGGCCAAUCAAAAGGGAUACAUCCCGGCUAACUAUGUGGCCCCUGUGGAGAGUAUUGAUGCUGAACCAUGGUAUUUUCCCAAAACCAAGAGGCUGGAUGCAGAGAAGAUGCUGUUGGCAGAAGGGAACCAGCAUGGCGCCUUCCUCAUCAGAAACUGUGAAAGUCAGGAAGGGGAGCUCUCCCUCUCAGUGCUGGACAGUGGGAGGGUGAAGCAUUACAAGCUGAAAAGACUGGAGAAUGGUGACUACUUUGUGUCGAGGACCAGAGCUUUUCAUACACUAGUGGAGUUGGUGGAACAUUACUCCAAACAGGCAGAUGGCCUCUGUGUGCGUCUGGGUGAACCAUGCAAAAAGAUGGAGGUUCCACAGACUCAUGGUCUCUCCUACAACACUGUGGACCAAUGGGAGAUUGACCGCAGCUCCAUCAGGUUGAUAAGGAAGCUUGGAGCAGGACAGUUUGGAGAAGUGUUCGAGGGCCUGUGGAAUGAUACCACAGCAGUGGCAGUGAAGACCCUCAAACCUGGUACCAUGGAUGCCGAGGACUUCCUGAGAGAGGCUCAGAUCAUGAAGAGGUUGCGGCACGCCAAGCUGAUCCAGCUGUACGCUGUGUGCACCAUGGAGGAGCCCAUCUACAUCAUCACAGAGCUGAUGAAUGGCAGCCUGCUUGAGUUCCUCAAUAAGGAUAAGGGUGCCACGCUGCGCAUCCCUGACCAGAUUGAAAUGGCUGCCCAGGUGGCGUCAGGCAUGGCUUUCCUGGAGUUACAGAACUACAUCCACAGAGAUCUGGCAGCCAGGAACGUGCUGGUGGGCGAGAACAACAUCUGCAAGGUGGCUGACUUCGGCCUUGCCAGGGUCUUCAUGAAAGAGAAUGAAAAUGUGUACGAAGCCAAAGAAGGAACUAAAUUCCCUGUGAAGUGGACCGCUCCUGAGGCCAUCCAUGACAACAAGUUCAGCAUCAAAUCAGAUGUUUGGUCCUUUGGAAUUUUGCUGUAUGAGAUCAUGACGUUUGGACAGAUGCCUUACCCAGGCAUGACCAAUUACCAGGUGGUCCAGAGGGUUCCGCAGGGCUACAGGAUGUCGAGCCCUGCCAACUGCCCCAAAGUCAUGUAUGACAUCAUGAUAGACUGCUGGAAGGAGAACGAACAGGAACGGCCCACAUUCGAGACCCUGCAGUGGAAGCUGGAGGACUUCUUUGACUUGGAUGUAACGUCCUACGACGACGCCGGCCGUUACUAGCACACGGUCCUGGCUGACACGUGGAAAGAAAGAGACACAAAAAACAUUGUUUCUGCACUGAAGCUAAAUCAAAAUCCCAUGAAUCCAAAUAUCAACAUAAUGAAGUAACAGAUUGAAAUGUAGUUUAAAAUUCCACUCACUGUGGUCAAAUGAAAGAUCUAAAAUGAUCUCCAUGACUGUAUCUGACUAGCAGUGAGGAAGCUUUUACUACUGCAACAGUUGCAACACUCCCAGUCUCGCUUGGUUUGACAACUGAAUGCACUUUGAGACAGGCUUUAUGUGGGUCUAGCUUUACUCUUACAGCGGACUUGACUGGAAGAGGCCUCUUUCAGCAGAGACAGAAAGCUGCUAUCCGUCCACCUCGACAAACUGGUUCUUCUUUCACUCCGCAUAGCACACAUUCUUUCCAUUACCGGAAGGUACCUGAGAGGAUUUACGAGCCGUGCUCACUCACAGGCUCAGUAUGUUUGGCUUUGUGUCUCGUAAGGCAAAACGAAUGGCAGGUGCCGUCAUCUCCACUCAUUCCUGAUAGCAUAUGUAGCCAGUGGAAAUAUUUAACAUUAUUAAAGGGAGGGGGGGGUAUUCUUAUUAACAGACUACUUACAUAAAAACUAUUUCUCAGUAGAGUUAAGUCCACGCCCUCCGUUACACAAUCAAAUAGUUUCACGUUAGGUUUUAACCUUUGUGCCACUGUAGUAACUGCUGGCUGAACACAAAAGGACAGCACUGUCAUGUUCUAAUGACCUAAUUUGUGCUUGAAAAUGAAGUAUUCGUGCACAUAAAUAACUGUAACUGAAUAAGAAAUAUGUAAUAAAUUAUGGCAGAUACUAUUUUCACCCAGCUGUCUGUAGCAAAUAAUGAUAUUUGGACCCGGAGUGGAAUAGCCAAUGUGGCUAUUUACACCUGGGUGUACAUUCCUGGCCAUCCUAGCAAAGCGAAGAUAUGAUGUUAACAUAAACAGGUCUAUUCAUCUAUUCUGGUAAAGUGUAUGUACACAGUGUGCAUUCAGCAGCUUUAUGGAUCCUUAAAACUGAAAAUAAUAAGUUGACUAAUUCUAAAAAUAAUGUGGACUCUGCUGACCCUCUGUGGACUGUUGCUCUUCAUACUACAUCACCUGACUUUCUGGCAGUACAUUUGUGUGUUUGUUUGUUUGUUUGUUUUUAACUUACAACUUAAAUCUCAGAGAAGAUCUGAGAGUGGCUAGUACUAGCCCUGACUAUGACCUACACGCGUCAACAUGAUGAGUACUAGCCAAUCAUCCAUAAUAACGCAUCACAGAAAGGGGUGUAAAUAGCCAAAUUGCUGCAUUGCUACCAUUCUCAUUAUGUGCAAAUAGACACUCCGUUAAAGCAUAUUAACAUUUUAAAAUAUAUUUAAAGCUGCAUUCAUCGAUCCUUUUAUUUCUUUGCCACUUGUGAGGAGGGCAUUAUCAUCUUGAAGAUAGUUUGGAGAAGGCAUUGGAAAACAGUUGCUUAUUUAAACAUUCAGUGGACACAGAGCAACAUUAGCAUUAAUUUGAUGUAUAUAUGGCCUCUCUGUAACCCAAGUUCGAUAUUCACUCUCUUUUAGCUCUCCACCAACCCCUGAGAAAAAUCAGUCUCCUUACUGGUAAAUGAUCCACUAUGUUCACCAGCAAGUUACUGUCUUUUUUUGUUUUGAGCUGCCCUGGAUUCAGAUGCCAUCAGCCCAUUUUCUUCGGGAAGAAAUAGAAAGUUUAAUAGUGUGUGGACAGAUUUGCUUGCUUUCACCGCUAAUGCUGCAAAGUUAAAGUACCAAAUUAUAAAUGGACCACUGUAGCCACCUUGUAGUAAAAAAUAUCAGUGAUUGCUCUUUAGAUCUGUUAGUAAUCUUUAUAGGCUAAUAAAGACUUCAUAGGCUGUGUUACUUACAUUAUAAGGCUCAAAUAUGUUUUGCAGCUUCAGACAGAUUUUUUAAUUUUAUUUUUUUCCCCAAAAAUGGCUCCUUUGAAUCCUGACUUAGGGGCAAAACAUACUUGUUUAAGCGUAGGAAAACAUAUGGUACGUCAGUUAAAAAAAAAAAUCUGAUUUGAAAAAAAGUCAGUGUUUACAUUUUGUUUUACAUGGGACACACCCCUGCUUUCUUGGUUGAAAGUCCUGUAUUUGUUUGACACCCAAUGCAGACUUUCUUGCUCUUUAUAACAUGGAUGGAUAAAGAGAACUGGAUACAGCGUUGGAGGCAGGACUCCGUAUAUUCCUAUGAAAGUUUCUCAGUGGUGCUUGAAGCCAAAAAAGUUCAAUUGCCACAAAUAAAAUUACCUAGAUGUUCGGCAAUGCUUUUGUACUGUGUGGCACAUAGAGCAGGCACACUAGAGUGUUCCACCAGCUGAGCUGGCUACUUUCAAUUUAGCGCUCUGCUAGCUUAAUGGGGAUGAAAACAUUUAAGCGUGCAACUCUUCCAGACUUUCAAAUGCUAUCAGACCAAAUGGCUCAAAUUCUGGUACUGAAAUGAAUCAUUUUGCAUUGAUUGUGUUACUCAAACAAAUGUAUUCACUAAUUAACAGAUGUCUUUUUCACAAUGUUAGUCUAUGGGAAUAAGUCUUUGAGAAUAAGUCUAAGUCCACAGGGCAUCAUGUGACAGGUGUAACUCCAAUGUAUGCCCAAUACAAAAAUGGGCUUCAAAGCCUGGUGCACUUCCUGUGGCCCUGCUUUAUACUACAUCACCUGACACCCUCCUUUGCUCCUGUCAUAGUUAUUAUAGUCACACGAGGUAACCACCAAACAAUAAAUGGCCUGUUAAAGGCCUUCUGAACCUUAGAGUAGGUAUAGCAGGCCAUGACGAACCCAUAUCUAUGACACUUUUAACCACAGAUAACAGCCAUUUAAUGGCCUGAUGACAGCCAAAUCAGCUGUGAGUAGGUAUCUUUUUUUGGCUGAAAACAGCUGCCUGUUGCAUCUGAAAAUGUCGCUCAUGAGAGCUACGAGUAAAUCUUUAAUGCAGUUUUGAUUUUGGAUGGAGAUUUUUUUUUGUGGUUUUAUCUGUGACAUCCCUUAAAUGUGUGUUAAAGUUUGUUUAAUGUUAUGUUCUGUUAAUUUGUGCACACAAAUGAUUUUAGAUAUUUCUCUGUUAUACCGGCCAGGCCAAUACUUUUUUUUUUUUCCUGGAGCCCUAAAAUCAUAUGGUCUGCCUCUGGUAGCUACAUUGAAUCGCUCCACCUACUAAUUUGCAGUGCACUCAUGCUUUCAUAAUGUGGUACAUUACAGUAGUUAAAUGCUUUUUUUUUUCUUCAUCUUUCGUCUUACUUAUGUAGGAAUUACAAUAUAAUGUCUUAAUGACUGAACAAUGUGACGCUGGACUAAAUCCAUACUUUUACGAUUUUUUUUUUUCAAAGCUGAUCUCAGAUCUGAGGCCACAUCCUUUCUGACCACCUGUAAGAAACUGCACUCCUUAUCGGAUGCUUGACACAUAUUUAAGUGUUCGAACCUGGUGAAUUAUCUCAUGCUCUGAUGAUUUUCUUUGAUAUUUUUAGUGUCAUGAACAAAAUCUUUUUAAUUGUACAUUAUAACCGUGGCAGUGUUUAUAUAUCUUCCUGUAUUUUAACAUAAUUAUGCUUUAUGUAUGACAUAAUUAAAUGAUGUAUAUUUACUAUGA